GGCGUAGAAGAAAAUCAUCGAAGUAUUUUCUUUUUUCCAACACAAACAUGUUCUAAAUACCUCUGACUAAUCAGGGAUUUUUUUGCUAUGGAAAACUCCAUGGAAAAAUUCACGAGGGUGAAUUCUGUCGACCCUGGAUAGCGUUUCAGAAUCCAUGGUUUUCGCGCCAUGUGCAAAGCUAUGAGCUUACUCCUGCGAUAAGAUGCAGAGCUUUUUUACCAUCAGAUGAAUUUCGAUGAUAAUUCAGUGCUGAAUUAGAUCAUUAGUAAUUGUGCUGAGAAAUAGGAUUUGCUGUUUAAAACCCGACAUGACGUAGACACGCGUUAUUUUUAAACUACAAUAGAGGCUGAAUACCGAGAGAAUGCCUGUGGUUAACUUUCACACCACUAGACCGAAAAAUAGUGGAAUUAGCGAUAAGAAGACCGCAGAAAAUACGAAAGAUGUACUACGUGUGUUACGCGAGUUUGCAGAUUCCCCGGGUUUUAUCGUUAGUCAUUUACGCGAUAAGACAAAUUACUUAUCAAUCGUUCACUCGGCGUCUGCGAACCCGUUAUGGAAGAGCAACAAACAACAAUCAGAAAUCCUUGUCGACAAGGUUGUCGUCCUAUUUGUUAGAAUUCUAGAAAUUCAGUAGCUGAAUCAUUGCGAAAUUUUACCGAUUAACAAACUUGUUACGAACGUAAUGGAAUAUGUGUGUCAAUCGAAUUGCCAAAUUCAAUUUUUUUGCAAUGCCAAAGGACUAUAUCCGCGAUAAAUUUUCCUGGCAAACUCAUGUGAACCACAUUUCCUCGGUUACGAAAUACACCAAAGCUACUGCGAACUUAAAAUUCAGGAGAAAUGUUGAGAAAUCAAGCAACGUACAAGGAAGAGUGAAGGAGUAGAAUGAGAUCUUAUAGAAUGUUCCAGUGUUUUAAGCUUGACCCAUUUUCAAUUAUCAACUGAUCAUCCAGUAAAUCCAAUCGAAUGGCUGAGUGGUCAUUUCACCCAAAGUAAAUUGAAGUUUAUUCGAGUUGCGAUCUUUGCAUAAAACACCCCCGUUGAUUUCGUUAAGAAUUCCAAAUUAUCGAAUGAAUGACUAAAGCUGAUUAACUGUUGGGGGAAUCCCUUAUCCAAGACCUUUAGACACUGGGUGAUUUUUUUGCCCGAUACAAUUUCACAGUAUGAGUACUUCCACCGUACUCAGCACCGGAACUUCCUUCUAUGGUGUCGAGGCAUUCAUAACUUGGGAACGAUGUUAAACGAUAUAAAAAGCGCUUGACCAGACAUCACGAUAUCCAGACAGUCAUUCGAUCAUCUGCGGGACAGUUGUAGUUCGACAUUCAUUCUCAAGUUACACACUCCGAAAUUUUUUAUUUUCAUUCUUCAAGUGAACAAAAAAGUGUUUAUUAAAGAUGGGUAACCCUCUGACCGUUGAAAGCGUCAACAUCUUCGAGAAGGAGAACGCAAAUCUUCAUCACACUUCGAAAUAUGAACUGGUCCACCAAUCUCCAUCAUCAGCAGUUCUUCGACGCGGACAGCCCUUUAAAUUGGCCGUUAAAUUCAACCGGAGUUACACACGGGAAGUGGAUAGCGUUAGUUUUAUUUUCAAUUUCGGUUCAAACCCAAAUGUCAUGAGAGGUACUCGAGGAGUGGGUGUACUCGAUACUCGAAGCACGUCUUCAACUGACAUAGAAGCUUGGGGUGUUCGUUUUGUAUCUGCAAACGCCGAAGGUAUUUUCGUCGAGGUCACAAGCCCUGCAGACAGUCCAGUUGGACUUUGGCAUCUGGAUAUUCAAACCACCACUAAAUCGGGCUACAGAAAAAUCACCAACACUUAUCACUUCGACAAGGAUAUUUACUCUUUGUUCAAUCCAUGGCUAAAAGAGGAUUCGGUUUACAUGGAAAACCAAAGACUGCUUGAUGAGUACGUUAAUAACGAUACUGGAAAGAUUUGGGUCGGUGCUCUGGGAAGCUGUAAAGGUAGAGAAUGGAUCUUUGGACAAUUCGACGACUGUGUCCUUCCGGCGUGUCAACUUUUACUCGAAAGAUCUGGAAUUAUAGCAGCGUCCCGAGGAGACCCUAUUAAAAUGUCCAGGGCAAUUUCGCGAAUCGUAAACGCCAACGACGACAGAGGUGUCUUAGCCGGUCGUUGGGACGGCGAAUAUUCCGACGGAACGUCACCGUCGGCAUGGACAGGGAGCGUUCCAAUUCUCGAAGAAUUUUUGAAAACCGGAGAUUCCGUACAGUGGGGUCAGUGCUGGGUUUUCGCAGGAGUGUUGACGACGGUUUGCAGAGCAUUGGGACUACCUUCCAGAGUCGUGUCGAAUAUCGUAUCAGCUCACGACACCAACGUAUCUUUAUCGAUAGAUCGUUACUAUAAUUCCAAAUUCGAGUCACUCAACGAUCCGAACAGCCGAGGUGAAGAUUCCAUUUGGAACUUCCAUGUCUGGAACGAAGUCUGGAUGGCCAGACGAGACCUUCCGCAUGGAUACGGAGGAUGGCAAGCUGUCGACGCCACACCUCAGGAAACUUCCGAUGGGAUGUUCCAAUGUGGACCAACAUCUGUUGAAGCUAUCAAACAAGGAGCCGUUGGAUAUAACUACGACGUUCCCUUCAUGCUGGCCACUGUUAACGCUGACGUUAUCCAGUGGAUAGAAGAUAAGAAAAGUGCACACGGUUGGCGAAGAGUGACGAGCGAUACGAAUCAGGUCGGUAAAUUGAUUCUCACGAAAGCUCCUUUCAUGUUUGAUCCAAACGGUGAUAGGGACAGAGAAGUUAUAACCCAGAAUUACAAGAACUUGGAAGGUACUGAGGCCGAACGUUUGACUCUGCUCAGAGCGGCGCGAAGCACUGACAGCGCAAGGAGAUUCUACUCGAUUCCUGACCAAGCUAAGGAAGAUGUUGAAUUCGAACUCGUUGACCUCGAUAGGGUGAACGUUGGAGAACCAUUCACCAUCACGCUCUACGUAAAGAACAAGUCAAAGAGCCCAAGAAAUAUCCGGGUGCUUUUAACCGCUUCUAGUGUUUAUUACACCGGAAUCAAAGCAAAUCUGGUGAAAUCGAAGGCCGGAGCUUUCGUCGUUGGACCUGGAGAUCGUGAAGUUCUGAAGCUGACCGUCACCGUCGAUGACUACACCGACAAGUUGGUGGAAUACGCGAUAAUGAAGCUCGAAGCAAUUGCAACGGUAAAAGAAACGUUGCAAACAUGGUCCGGAGAAGACGAUUUUCAAAUAUUGAAACCCACUAUCGAUAUCAAGAUCGAAGAUAAAUUGAUCGUUGGAAAGUCAACCGCGAUUUCCUUCAGCUUCAAAAAUCCAUUGACCAGAAAUCUCACCAAAUGUGAGUUCAACUAUGCUGGAAUAGGAUUGGCAAGGCACAUAAAACUCCCAUUUGAAAAUAUUCGGCCAGGCGAACUGGUCACUGUGAGACAUAGACUGGUACCUCAAAAGGCAGGACAAUUGAAUCUUGUUGCUACUUUUACCUCCAAAGAACUCGUCGAUGUUACCGGAUCGGCAACUGUCAGAGUUCUUGAUAAAGAAGACUGAUGCAGUCUCAAGUAGGAGGGAAUGUUGAAACGCUCGUGUUCUAAAUCGUAGUCGGAUUCAUUUCCUGUAUUUAAUCUUCUAACUGAAUGAUCUCAAUUUUACUCACACCGAUGUAACACUCAAAUUAUUUAUACAUUUUAUAAAGAAA